CUAACAGCUUUAUAGUCGAAAUAGGAAGACCCUGUGAAAAAAAAGUUCUCCUCCCAUUCUGUGUGGAAGUGACGUGGCUGGCAGACUUGUGUCCAAAAGGUGGCUAACAAGAUGAGGCCGGGUGGCCACGUGGGUCCCCUAGAGGGAUUAGUGAGAAGAAGGUAAAGAGAUUAGACUCUAAACAGAAUCUGCUGUCUUAACCUCAUCACUGUUGCCACUCUGACAGCACACGGGAAGCAGCCCGAGCCCAACGUUUUCCCACCCCGUCUCUCCUCUUCCACUUUUCCCGCCCCUCGCUCCCUUUGCUCGUGCAUCUGUACAGCCGACUGGGAUCCAACAGCACCCUGGAACUUAUCAGCACAGAUGAAGAGACCUGUCUUUACUCUGCUGGUGGACUCAACAUAAAGACAUCCUGGAUACAUAUAUUUUGGACUUCACUGUACAAAUGACCGCUGACAGCAGGAGGACCCUGUAAAUAAAGCCAACAUGCUUUUUAACUUGGGGAUCUUCUUCUUCAUGUUGCAUCUGCUUGGUCUGCAAGCAAGUAAAGUCAAAGACCCUCAGGAUCAUGGCAUUGCUGGACUCAGGGAUGUGAAGUACCGACACUUUCUAGAAGCUUCUAGAAUGACAAAAUACAACACAAAUAACCAGAGAGCCAACGGAGAUGGACAUCGGAGAAAGAGGUCCAGCAUUCUCACCACUGGAGUCAAAGUGUGUCCACAGGAGACCAUGAAAGCGGUCAUCGGCAGCCAUCGAGCGUACUACAAGCUCCGAGUUUGCCAGGAAGCAAUUUGGGAGGCCUUUCGCAUCUUCCUGGACAGAGUACCCAACACAGAGGAGUACCGAACGUGGGUUUACACCUGCCAACAUGAAAACCUCUGCAUGGACGACUUGGCUCAGAACUUCAGCAGCUCUCAGGAGCAUCUGGAUAUAGUAGCCCGGAGAGUAGCUGAGCAGGCUGAACUAGAAGGUGUUGUCGCUGAAACAACAGGACCAGGAGUUGACUGCACCUGGACCCCCACUGUGAUUCUCAUCCCAACAGAAGAUGAUGUGAUAAAAGAAGAGCCCAACAUGAUAAAAGAGAACUAUGGGGAGUACAUUGUGGAAUUCAACGCCACAAUUGUGGACCAGUCUUACAUCGAUCUACUGCGAGACCCCCAGGCUGCAGAGGUCAAUGACAUUACCAGAGAAAUAACAGACAAGAUGCUUCAUGCGCUUAAAAAAGUUGCAGGAUUCAAAGAAAUUCGCAUGUUGGGAUUUGGCUCGGAGGGUGCAACUCUGCAUUAUGCUGUGCUCUUCGACGGAGACACUGAACUCAGUGAUGAUUCAGACGCUCCAGGCAUGGUGACCAAUGAGGAUGCUGUUAAAUUAAGAGACAUGAUCGUCAAAGCUUUACAAAAGGAGCCAUCACUUCCGUUGGACAUCCAGAAUCUUAUCUUUGAGGCUGUUACGACAGCUUACCCAGAUGCAGAGCUCAGCAUGUAUACAGUUGGGAGCGGCGAGGCGAUCAAGGUCAUGGAAAAGGACAGCAUCCCUUUGUAUUUCCCCACAGCGACAGAAAACACACUGAAAAGCACCACAAUCCAACCUCAAGCAGAAACCUCUCCAUCUUCCAUACCAACAACUCUGUCAAAGUCCACUUCUGCAUCUAUGGUCGCUGAUGAGGUGCCAAUGGCGGCAGCAGUGGAGGAGGCGUCCACUGGUGACGCUUCAGGGGAGACAAGCGAUAUCAUUGCUCCAAUUACAACACUGGAAGCCAUCAUAGAGCAGGAAGAGGAAGAAGAGGUUGUGGAGACUGAAUUUUACAACACAGACAUGGACGAGAAUGAUGACUUGAACCCAUCACCAGCAAACGACCAACCUGGAAUUGUGAUCAUUGAUGAAGUUAACCUUCCGGAGUACACAACCCCUGCAGUUAUAGAGAUUUUUAGCACAGAAGAAGAAUUUUCAGACUCUACAUUCUCGUCUCACGAUGAUGCGGUUGUAAACAUCGAGCCAGAGCCGGACAUAGAGUCUAUGCCGUCCCCUGCAGACACACCCAGCGAGGUCACCAGUGAAGUUUCUAAUGGAGUCUCCAGUGAAACCAACACUGGGGCCCCGAGCAAUAUCCCUGGAGAAGCCCCCAAUGAUGUCCCCAGCGAGUCCCCAAGCGAGGCCCCCAGUGAGGUCUCCAGUGAAUCCCCCAGUAAAAUCCCCAGUGAGGCCCCUAGUGAAGUUUCCAGUGUGGAACCUGACACAGGCCCAAGUGAAACCCCCGCAGAAGCCCUGAAUAAAAUCUCCAGUGAAAUUCUUAGCAACGUCCUCAGUGAAGGACCCAGCAAAACUCACAAUGACGCAUCCAGUGAAGCUCUCACUAAAGUCUCCAUUGAAGUCUCCACGGAAGUCCCCAGCGAGGCCCCCAGGGAAUUCUCUAGUGAAACCCCUAUUGAGGCACCAUCUAAAGGCAUCAAUGAGUUCCCCGUCAAAGAUUCCAGUGAUGUUGCCACUGAAGCACUCAUCAAGACCACUAUCAGACUCCCCACCGAACUCCUCAGUGAAGUCCCUAGCGAAGGUCCCAUCGAGACCCACACUGGAGCUGCAACCAAGGCAAACAACGAAGCCCCCACGCCAGUCCUCAGUGAAGGAAACGGGAAUGAUGCCAAUGGAGGACACAGCAGCGCCACCCUGGUCUUAGUAGACCUUCCUCCCGAGACUUCCAACAACAUACAAGAUGAUGUGGAGCCCAGGCAGGGCGGAACGGAAGUGAGCCAGCCCCUGGAGGAGGCGAACAGUCGACCAUACCCUUCAGAACCGGUCGAGCGGUCAACGGUGGCCCCGGCCAUGAGGCAAGCCAGCACUCCUGUGAUGGCUGCGAUGCAGCAGAGCAAAGAAUUAGUGGUUUUCUUUAGCUUGAGGGUGACCAACAUGAUGUUUUCUGAUGACCUGUUCAACAAGAGUUCCCCUGAGUAUAGAUCACUGGAGAAUACCUUUCUCGAACUGACUCAGCACCCUGGGCCUAGAAACUCGCCAAAUCCUGGAGCAUCCAGUAAAUCUGGGCCUAGGAGACAGACAACGUUAGCCUCCAUACCGCUUCUACCGUAUCUACAGUCCAAUCUGACCGGCUUCAAGCAGCUGGAAAUCCUCAACUUCCGGAACGGCAGCGUGGUAGUGAACAGCAGGAUGAAACUGGAAAAGGAAGUGCCAUACAACGUGACCGAGGCGGUGCACUGCGUGCUGGAAGACUUCUGCAGCGCCGCGUCCAAACGGCUCGACAUCGAGAUUGAUAGCCGCUCCUUGGAGAUAGAACCAGCCGACCAAGGGGACCCGUGCAAGUUCCUGGCUUGUAAUGAGUUUUCACGCUGUGUGGAGAACCGUUGGACCAACGAGGCUGAGUGUCUGUGUGACCCGGGCUACAGCACGGUGGACGGCCUUCCGUGUCAGAGCACAUGUGACCUGCAGCCAAACUACUGCCUCAAUGGAGGCCUGUGUGAAGUCAUUCCUGGGCAUGGAGCCACAUGCAGAUGCCCUGUAGGGAAAUACUGGCACUACCAUGGAGAGCGCUGCAGCGAGCUGGUGUCGAUACCCCUUGACCCCUCACUAAUUGUAACCUGCCUGGUGGGGAGCCUCUGCUUGGUUUGCGGCAUCAUCGGCAUUUUGGUCUUCAUUAACAAGAAGUGCACAAAGACGAGAAAGGCGGUGACUUUAGUGCAAAGCCUUGCGCCCUCUGCCUUUGACAAUACUUUGAGGGUGAACCCGGUAUAUGAGAGUGACGAUGGCAUCUUAAGUCAAGUGUCUACAUUACCAUGUCCCUCCAGUUCCUCUUCCUCACAGUCUGAGCAGGAAGUUUACAGCUCUGUUGAAAACAUUCAUCUCAGUAUUGAGAUCCCCAGACAACUCUACACCACAAGAUCUGAAAAGUUAGUGUCGGAGCUGGUGGACUUCCAUCAAUGCAUACCACACAAUGAGACAUGGCGGCUGCCAAAUGAGUACAGAACAUGUUUUCUUCUGUGGACCUCAGACGGCGAAGGCGGCGAGGCGACCGUGGUGUAACGGUGGCCGGUGCUCCGGUUGCCUCGGUGACACACCGCAUAACUCCCCCACCCCUGAGCCCGAGCGAGGCUACAUCUAUGCAAACUGUACAUGGAUACCGUGCCGCCCUCCCCCGUAGAGAGCAAAGAGCAGUUCAUGAAUUGUUCAUAGUGAAGAAUGUGUCUUGUUAGACAAGAGAGCUAUGGCUAUUCCGAUACAUGUGUGGAUUGAUGUUGUUUUCAUGUGUGAAUCAAAUAUUUAUUACACAUAAUGAACGGUAGGAACAUUUCCUGUAUGCUACACCCUUGGCAAAGGCUGUUCUUUCCUCACAAUGAGGUAUUUAUUAUUUACAAAGUGAUAUGCAUGGUGGUAUCUCACUUUAGUUCUUCUUUUUAUGCUCCCACCCCCAUAAAGAGUGAAUGUAUUCGCUGAUGAUAUAUAGGUUGUUUUAAAACACUUUGAUCAUUCUUCUUUUAAGAUUUAGUUGUUUUGUACACAUUUUACUAUUAAAAUAUACAAUAAAAAUGUUUUUUUUGCAUUAA